GGAAUAUUCACCAGACAGGGCGUAUAGGUACAUUGCUAGUUACAAUGUAUCGACUCGAGAACUCAGCGACAACAUUAACGGGUGUUUGAAAUACUUUUACAUUGUUAUUCUGGAUGAGGAUGCCCUACCGAGCAGGAGACUGAACGCUUGUCAGGUCCUAGGGCGGGGAGAUUGACAAGGCAGAAGGUUUAAGGACAAGGACAGAAUAAAUGGUCCGUGAUGCCAAAGGAGCAGGCACAUUUUGGGGAGCGGCCCGAGCGCGUACCCCAGGGCACCUCUAAGAAUGCCAAGGAUAAGAGUAACAGUGCCACUCUGCGGGCAUCCCAGUGUGGCACUCACAGAGACCAGGAGGGUAGGAGAAUGGGCAUGAACGGGAGGAUGUCACAGUCUGACUCGGAGAAGGACUCAGAGAAAGACUCGGGAUACUCUGAGACUGGUUCGGACUCAGUGCAGAAUGAUCUGGAUGACCAGCGUAGCAGCGUAAGUGAGGCCUACCGAGCCCACAGCAGUAGCAGCUCCCUGGGCCACAACUUGCCCCCAUUUGAGGAGCAAAAUCCCAUCUACGUCAUCAAGAACCUGCUGGUUAAACCGUCUGGACCAGAGCAACUACUGCACAGAACCCUGGCAUGGGGGGGAGGAUGGGACAGUCUGUCUGGUUCCAAGGCCCCCACCCAGCUCCUACUCAUCCAAAAACCAGGGGUACCCUCCCCCGUCCCUGCCCCCAACAAUCUGCUCGAUCCACAGGGCCAGUCCAAGAAAGGGGGAAGUAGAAGCAACAAGAACCAUAACAGCAAGAACUCGUACCUCCCCAUCCUCAACUCCUACCCCCGCAUUGCUCCCCACCCGAGCAAGGAAGGCUCAGAGCAGAGCAGAGAGGGUGCAGGGGAUGUGAAGGAGAGAAGCAUAGAGGGCCAGAGCCGGAGCAAGAGGGUGUGUACGGAGGACAAGAGAGAAGUAGUGUCCACCACCAGUCAUCUUCGACCACAGCAGCACCAACUCCACCAGCGAGAGAGCAGAACCCAAUCCCAUUACAAAGUCAGCAGCAGCCGAAGCUCCUCCUCCCACCUCCCUCACCAUUCCAUGGGUGGCCCUGCCUCCUCCAGCCAGCAGGGAUCUCACUACUGCCACCAACAUGCCAAACCCAGCCCCUCUCUCUCCCACUCCAACGGUGUUGGCUCCCCAUCCGUCAUCAGCUCCCAUACAUCCUCCUCCACCUCGUCCCCCUCAUCCUCCGCCGACAGCUGGGCCCCAGAAACCUCAGUAGACCUGUCCGACUGCUUGUCUGACUGCUCAUUGGUGCGUCAGCGGCGCUUCCUCAACACAGCAGAGAUCCUGAGCCAGUCGGGCCUGCUGGCCAUCACGCUGCGCACCAAGGAGCUUCUGCGCCAGAAUGCCGCCACCGAGAAAGAGCUGACCCAGCUCCGCCAGCACGCCCAGCUACUCUGCUUGGCGGCCCAGACCGGCCAAGAGGCCACCCAGCAAGGACCUAACGAAGGUCCCAGCCCCAUGGACAAGCUGCUCCAAGCCAUGUCCCAGUCGGGACGCUACCCGAGCCUCGACUGGACCUACUUUAAUGCCAACGGCCACAACUGUCCCGAGAAAGGAGACGAGGCUGAGAAAGACAGCAGGGACAGUAAUAACAAUGACAAGCACAGCCCGUCUCAGAACCCGUUGGCGGCGGCGCCCCUGGGUAACCAUGACGAUGGCACGUCACCUCCGUCGCCACUUUUCGCCCUGUCUCCUGACCCAGAGGACUGUCCCGAUGUUCUUGCCAGCCUGCUCUCCAUCUCUCCAUCUCCCCCUCCCCAAGGGCAGGGCCGGAGACAUGUGGGCAGCGCUAAGCCCCUGUGUGACCUCACCAUGCCCCCGGAUAGCUCCACCCACCGGGCCUAUUUACUCUAGCUCUUAUGGGGAGGGGCUUCCAUGGGGGACGUUUUGACGGAGGAGCAUGUGCCACUGUAGGGGGAGAAGCUAAGGAGAGAGGGGAAUGCACUGAACUGUGCGAAACUGUGAAUACCCGAUCUUAACUGUAUUACAUCUGAUGGAUGUAUUUUUUUAUAUAUAUAUAUAUUUUUUUUUUGCUGUUGACUCUACUACCACACUUAAAUAAUUAUCACAAUAUUGUUUAUUUUAUUGAUCUAAUUAGCCAGGCUAUUUCAUUAAUGAGAACAUACAAAUAUGCUUCUUAGGGGACGUUGUAAACAAACAAGAGGGUCCAUGAAUGGAUUAUCUAAUUCAGUACAUUAAAUUCCAGCACAUCAUUAAAUGUAUGGAAUAGAAUUAUUCUGCUAGGGCCCUUUUUAAACAUAGAAAGGUUCCCUCGGCUGUAGUUUGCUUAAAACCCUUGGUAAAACGAUAACAGCACACUAGGAUACUAGGUGCGGACAGGCUUUUCAAUAUAAUGGGAAAAUGAGCACAGACCAUCUCAUUAUUCUUUUGCUCAGACUUUCAGAUGCUCCUUGACCGCUUCAGUGGCGCUGACAGUGUGGAUGGGGACUUUGACCUCCACCGACCGUAGGGGUAGUCUCCAAUGAACCCCAUCAUGCCAUGGUCAGUGCUACUGUGCACUCGGGUCAUUUUGAGGGUUAAAGCCAUUCUCAGAAUAAAGAAUGGCCUGCAUGUAGCCUAGUAUAUUGCAGCUUUGAAGUGCUUUAUAUAUUGUGGACCAUGUUCUCUCUUUGUUCAGUCAUAUUAUCAGUCAGCACUUGUUGUAGAAAGUUUGGGAUGUGCAUAUUUUGCACACUUCAUUGAAUCCAAGGACAUGGGAAGAGAUUCUCUGGUGUAACAUGAGACUAGAGUCAGAUAUCAUGGAGACCGACACUACUAGAAGCACAUUGGUCAUAAUAGCUGAUUGAAUUGUAGUUAGACUAUACAGUUUUCAGACUAUUUUGAUGUGCAUGGCACUGGGAUAUCACUGGCUAUUUCUGUAUAAUUUGGUAUGCUUUUUGGUCCUAUUUGUAAGUGUGUCACCUAAAUUGCAGUGUGAUUGGAUUAUGGUAUUGUGAGUAUGGGCACGGACAUUUAAUAUAUGUUUGUCUGCAGCUUUAUGGUGGAUUAAAGGGGCAAUCUGCAUUUCAAACAACAACAACAUUUUUGGGGGGCUAAAGAAAUGUAACCACUCUGAAAUUAAUAGACAUAGCUAUGGAUGCAAGGACCAAACAUCGUUGAGAUCAACAUUAUAGUUUUAACCAUGUUUUGAGGCUAUAAGUGUUUUUUCUUUUUACAAUUAUAUUGUUUACAAAAAUAUUAUAAAAAGGUUAUUUUCAGUUCAGAUGGGAUACUACAGUUGAAGUUCAUGAGGCAUUUACACUGUGUACAAAACAUUAAGAUCAACUACCUAAUAUUGAGUUGCACUUUCAUCUGAAUUCACCUGGUCAGUCGGUCAUGGAAAGAGCAGGUGUCUAUAAUGUUUUGUACACUCAGUGUAUAAGUUAUAUUCGUCAAGAAUCAAUAGCAUCAUUCAUUGGAAAGUCAAAUGUAUGUAGCAAUCGCAGCUUGUACAGUUGUGAAAUUUGACUGAUUCUAUGAAAACACAACUAUAGGACUUCAGUUAUUGUAGAUAAAAUUAGAAGUGAAUUUGAAGAUUAUAUAAAAUGUAUACAAUUGUGUCAAACCAAGUGUUGUUCCCUCCCCUGCUUCAGGCGCCUGAACACAUAGGCAUUAAGAUGAUGUAAUAAAGCGCUCCAAUUCAUUCAAUAAAUACAAAUUACUUCAAGUUAAUUUA